AAUUUAGGAAAUACGGAAUAUCAUAUGCCACCCCCAAUUGGACCCAUCAGGGAUAUAAUAUCACUACCAGCAGCAACCCUAAACCAAGGUAAAGAGAUCAUCAUCCAUUGUCGGGCUAGCGGGCGUCAGUUUGGUCAGUUUACUUACUUCCCAGAAUAGAAAUACCGCUAAUGUUCCUGAGACGCGAUGUUCUUGAAAUUAUAUAUUCGCCGUUUCAGUUAAGUAUAGUCCUGAGAAACGUUUGGUUCUAGGUCUCUAAAGAUAAAAUGUCGAUCAUUAUGAUCAUAAGUACUAAAUAACUAGAAAUCAAUGUUUGACCAAAAAUUGCUGAAGGUGAUCCUUCUUCAGAAGCAUUUACUGUUUGUCCCUGCUUGUUUCACACAGCAAGCUGUGGUUACAGUUCGACUUCCUCUUCACGUGUGGUGAAUGGAGCCGAUGCAACUCUAGGAGAAUGGCCAUGGCAAGCUCGAUUACAAUUCAACAACAAUCACUUGUGCGGAGGUACACUGGUGGCGUCAGAAUGGGUAAUGACCGCUGCUCACUGUGUGUUAGAUGACGAUACCAGCAAAUUCAAGGUGGUGAUUGGUGAUGUGGACCGAUACAAGAAGGAGGGUCUGGAACAAGAGUUUAAAGUCAAGAGCAUCAUUAAACAACCUCUAUUCUCCCACCCAGUCCCAUAUGAGAAUGAUAUUGCAUUAUUUCAUCUGUCUGAGCCUGCCAAACCAAGCGAUGCUGUAAAUACAGCUUGUUUACCCGGAUUUCUCCAAGAUGUACCUCCCGGGGAUGAAUGUUAUAUCACAGGUUUAAAGUGUUAUAUCACAUCCGAAUAUUGUAGACUUAAUCGUUACAAAGAGAAAAACGUUUAAAAUAACAACUUUUUGCUGAUCAUGUACUGAUAUUUUCCUGAAUCUAGCAGCUCAACGAAGAUCACGACAAUGAUUUGGGAUAGUGUAUCGUUAGUGCAAUGAAUAUAAAAUAAAAACUAAGCUGCUUUGUUAUCAUUUUACAUAAUAUUUACAGAUGGACCUGGCUGUUACUAAGUCUAUGCAUUCUGCAUUAAUAAUACAUCAAACAACAUCCACACUGAGUCGAGAUGGAAAUUCCAGAAAAGUAUUAUAUAACCAGAAAAACUGGAAAAUACGACUGCAUUAAUAUAUAUAGUUUUCUAUUUGCAUUAGGUUGGGGACAAAUGUUUGGUGAAGGAAAAUCCGCUCCAGUCCUGCAACAAGCUCGGAUGCCCGUCGUCUCCAACAGCGCAUGCGCAGCUAAACUGGACACUUCACCAAACGGCGGACUGCAUACGGAUAAUCGAACCUGGAUAGUCACUAGCAAAAUGCUAUGCGCUGGAGACGCGGGCAGAACUAAAACCAGUGGAUGCUUUGGAGAUAGCGGCGGGCCUUUUCAAUGUAAGAACACCGCUGGUCAGUGGGUAGUACAUGGAAUUGUUAGCUGGGGAGACCCGGACUGUUCAUCAAGCAAUCAUUAUACCGUGUUCACUCGGGUGAGCGUGUUCCGCAAGUGGAUCGAGCAGGUGCUAGAAAAAUCAAUGGCAUAAAAAGAUGAACUAGUCAAAUAAAAAGUUAGCUUAUACAAGCUGAUAGCUUGUAUAACGUAGGAAAAUUGUUAACAUGAUUCAUGUUCAUAAACUGGCGUUAAAAGGCUUAAAAAGGUGAACGAUUCCUUGAUUAACGUCUUUUGGGCUCAAGCUACGACCGACUGACGAGCCUUAUAAUUAGCAAGAAGAAGUGUACAUAAAAAAGCCGGUUUCUAGCGAGCUAUUCGGUAAUUCUUAAAUUAAUGUAUAUUUAUACAUAUCAAAUAACUAAACUCUGGCAAUGAGUUGCUGAUUAAAAAUAAAGUUCCAGAAUCAUGAAGGUAAUGAUUUUGUUUGAUGACAUUAAACAGUGCAUGCU